AUGCUACAUACAGAUGGGGCACCGAUCACCAAAGUUGGUGGAAAAUCAUUAUGGCCUGUUCAAUGUACGUUGGUAGAAAUUCCUCCACCUAUAAGGGAUCACAUGGAUGCCAUAAUGAUUUUCGGUGCCUGGCUAGGUGGUACCCAUCCAAAUAGGGACUUAUUAUGGUCUAGAAUUGUCGAACAAAUUCAUGAUUUUAUUCAGAACGGAAUUACAAUUACUACUGACACUGGCGAAAAACUUAAGUUCAUGAUUCGUGCACAAUCAGUUACAUUUGACUUGCCUGCUCUUGCACAGAAUUGCAAUAUUAUUCAAUUUAAUGGCUAUGAUGCCUGUCCUGAUUGUGAUAUUCAUGGUAUCGCUAUUGAACGCUAA